CAACCGUGUGUCUGACAAGCAGGCAUGGUUGUGGUUACGUUACAGACGUUAUUUACUGGAAUACAUUUAGUUGCAGCUUUAAGCUUCCCUGUCAGUGAAGCUAUGGCGAUAAUCGGUACAUUUGUUAUCCCCCACGGUGGUAUUGCUUUAAAUCCUUCCUAUUUUAAUACGACAAACGAAACAGCAAAACAACAAGCCUGGGAAGUUCAUAAAGCCUGCAUGGAUAUUGGACAUCAAAUUUCAGAAAAGAAACCAGAUGUAAUAUUUUUAAGCACCCCGCAUGGAGUGUCUGAUCUCAGCAGAUUUGCGUUUUAUAUGAACCCUACUGGGCAUGGUUUUGCAGACACUGACAACUGUGCCUGCCCGCCUUGUUGUUAUGAACUGACGGCUAAUUUUGAUGUAAAUACCACUAAUGGACUCUUAAAAAAUCUGUCUGGACAGAAAUUUGACGUAACUGGCUUGAGCGCGUUUGGCCCACCAGGGGAGAGCAACGACGCUUUCCCCUUGAGGUGGGCAGAAGUGAUUCCUCUCAGUUUUAUCAAGGACCUGAAAAACAUGAAGAUAGUUGUUAUUUCACAGCCUUCAAAAAGAUAUACAGAGUCAGUAAAAAUGAUACCAGAACUUUUAAUGUUAGGACAAAAGCUUUACCAGGAACUAGAAGAAUUAGCUGACAAGAAAGUUGUCGUGAUAAUCAGUGCUGACUUGGCCCACACCCACUCUGAAGAAGGGCCCUAUGGGUAUUCUAAUGCCUCCGAGCCCUUUGACAAGGCCUGUGGAACCUGGGCAUCUACACUGCAGCCAGAAGCUCUCCUGAAGACUGCAGCCAACUAUGUAGAUGAGGCUAAAUCCUGUGGAUACACGGGGCUGGUAAUGCUACAGGGUAUGCUGCAGGCUGCAGGGCUGGACAGCUGGACUCACAGGCUACUCGUAAACUACCACCCAAGUUAUUAUGGAAUGAUGGUUGCCGAAUUUCUUCCAAGAAAAGUGUGAAAUUUAAAUGAUUUUUUAAAAAUUCAGAUCGAGAUAUGUGGAAUUUUUUUCUCUAUAUGAAUAAGCCUUCUUGAGAGUGUUCAGAAUUGAACAUUGAAUGGAGACAUUACCCCAGUGAUUGGUUAAUCACUUGUGUAUGUUUAAUUAUUGCAAUAUAUCAUUUCUUAUCACACAGUCAAGUUUUAUUUCCUUGCAUUUUUUUUUUUUUUUUGAAAAAAUGAAAAUGAUGGAAAUCAACUUGAGAGACUGAUUAUUUGUGAUUUUGUUUUGUAUCACUUAUGUACAUUUAAUUAUUGCAAUAUAUCAUUUCUUAACUCACAGUUAAGUAUUAUUUACUUGCAUUAAAAAAAGCAAAGAGAACAGAAAUGUGCCUUAUGACAAUGUGCAUUAAUAUACAUUAUAGAAAUGCAUAUUGCUGAAGCAGAAAUUUAUAUUUUUUAUUACAUAUUGCUUAGUACCGCCAACUAGACUGGCACCAGUAAAGAACCAAUAAAUUGCUAAUAUCAAGGAAACAUUUAUAUUUGUUUUAUUACAUAUGGCUUAAUGUCAUCAACUGGACUGAUGCCAGUAAAUAAUUGACCAAUAAAUUGUUUAU